AGCGUCAGACAUUUCCUCGUCAUUACGUCAAAAUUUUACCCCAGUGCUUUACAGCUGGAAAAACAAUCCGCAUAAACCUUUGUAUUGCUAAACAACGAUGAGCACCAGAAUCAAAUUAUAGACAGUAGCAUCUGUAAAUUCUUUUAGCGAAUCUCUCUGAUUGUAUUCUUGUACCUGUUAACGUUAAACAAUGUCCGCGUCACAAGGAAGCACAAACACGAACACGGAACCGUGGGGCAGUUUUGAUGACAACAUCAUCAUCCAGGGCAGCGGCUCGGCGGUGAUCGACAUGGAGAACAUGGACGACACGUCUGGCUCCAGCUUUGAGGAUAUGGGCGAGAUCCAUCAGCGUUUGAAGGAGGAGGAGGAGGUGACGGCCGAGGCAGCAGCGACGGAGGAGGACAACGGAGAGGACGGAGAGUUCCUGGGGAUGAAGGGCUUGAAGGGACAGCUGGGGAGACAGGUGGCCGAUGAGGUAUGGCAGGCAGGAAAAAGACAGGCCUCAAAAGCAUUUAACCUCUACGCCAACAUUGACAUUCUCCGGCCGUACUUUGACGUGGAGCCGAAUCAAGUCAGAAACAGGUUGGUCGAAUCCUUGAUCCCAGUCCGGAUGAUCAACUUUCCACAGAAAGUUGCUGGCGAGCUGUACGGACCAAUGAUGCUGGUGUUCACGAUGGUGGCUAUUCUGCUCCAUGGCAUGAAGACAUCAGGAACUGUUAUUAGAGAGGGCACACUGAUGGGAACUGCCAUAGGAACCUGCUUCGGAUACUGGCUGGGAGUGUCCUCCUUCAUUUAUUUCCUUGCUUACCUGUGCAACGCUCAGAUUACCAUGCUGCAGAUGUUGUCUUUGCUAGGUUACGGUCUCUUUGGCCACUGCAUGGUCCUUUUCAUCACUUACAAUGUCCACUUCCACUCGCUCUUCUACAUUCUCUGGCUGGUGAUCGGAGGACUGUCUACUCUACGCAUGGUGGCUGUGCUGAUCUCCCGAACGGUUGGUCAGACUCCUCGCCUCAUCUUGUGUGGGACCCUGGCUGCUCUUCACAUGCUCUUUCUGCUCUACCUGCACUUUGCGUACCAUAAGAUGGUGGAAGGUAUCCUGGACACCUUGGAAGGACCCAACAUCCCACCCAUCCAGAGAGUGGCCAGAGAUGUGCCUGUUGUUGCAAAUGCUGUUGUUAACGCCACCAUCAAGUCAAUAUCUGCAGUUUUACAGUCUCAGUGAUUAUGUAUUUGUCUGGGACUGGUCACACAGUCCAGUGAGGCUGGUGUAUACAUAUGUAGGGUCAGGGCCAAACAAAAUCAUGGGGCAGUCUCUGUUGAGCUCAGUUUGUAUCUCAUCUGUUGUUCCUGAAGCUGUCGUACAGAACUAAAAGGAUGUUCUUCGGUCUAGACAGCUUCACUUAAUUUUGGCUCAUGUUAUUAUGAGACACACACUAUCCUAUUCACUCUACACUUGUCUUACUCAUUUUUUGCUAAGGGUUACAGUCUAUAUGAUCUGCUAAUAUUAGAAUGGUUCGUUCAGAAUAUGUAUGGAUCCCUUAAGGAUGCUGAUACUAAUAAUUAUUCUUCCAAAACCCUGUUGACAUUAAAUGCAGCUGGAUGUUUGCGCUCUGUGAGAGUGCACUGAUUUGCCUCAUAAACGGUCUCCGUUACUGAGUGACAUCACACAACACUUCUGUUUUUUAUCUAGUUGCAUUUUUUAUUUGCAUUUUUUUGAUAUUUCCACAGUUGCGAAGGAAGUCUUUUAUCGAGAGUCGAUAGAGAAAUCUUGAUGGGAAGGCAAAGUGCAUUAAAAUACAGAAAUGCAAUGAUGUCUUAUUUGAAGAUGAGAAAGAUUGUUAUGUUGCAUGCAAUAUUUUUUUUUUUUCCUUAUCCAUAUUUAACCAGCCAUUGUGGUGCAGUCUGAUUCAUGCUAUUUAAAGCUAUGGUUGGGAUUGAGGGUUUCCUGCUAUCUCAUUAUGUUGUCUUCUACAUGUGAGCUUCUUAUUUAAAGGGUUCUUGUAAAGAGAAAAUAAAGAAACACUGUUGUCCUAAUUUGUGUUGUUUAAAACUUGAAAUAUACUCCAAUUAAAGCGAUUAAACAAUG